ACUACUCAGACGAAUUUGUGAGGAAGACAAAUUCGGCUUGAGACGGUCCCUUCGGACACCCAUGGCUUGGAGUGAAAUGUUUUGGGCCACUUCUGAAAGAAGUGGACUGGCAGCCAAGAGUCUUUUGGAGCUUAAGUUUUCCCCUCCUAAAUGCACCAAACCAGUUCCUCUGGACUCGUCCCUGGAGUUCGAGGUACCUAGGCUGGAAGGGUCUAGCCAUUACUCAAGUGCAAAUGUCAGCCAGCGAGAGCCUUAGAGAUGGAUUUUCUCCAUUUUACAGAUGACAAAACGAGAGGCAGAGACAAAAGGGAACUCCUUGAGAGACUGAAGUCUAUGACCUCAGAGAGACAGCUCUAUGAAUGGAGCUUCUAGAGUGACCAAAAAGUUCCGCUGCUGGUGUCAUCUGCAUUAUGCUAUCGGGAAUUGUGGAUUUCAGAGCGACUAGGUGGGAGAGACUUAUCCCUGGAGAAGCUGAGAGCUCUGUGUUUGUAUUUUAAUAGGUACAAUUAGAGUGGGCACCAUGAGCUACACAGAUUGCUCAACUCGGAAGCUUGACAGAAGUGACUCAAUACAUCACAUGAGCCACUCCCAGGCACAGCCAGAGCUACCCCCUCUGCCACUGUCUGCAAAUGAGGAACCAUCUGAACUCUAUGAGACGGUCAUGUCACACAGCUUUUACCCCCCCUUGAUGCAACACACAUCAUGGACUCUGGCCGUGCCCUUCAAAGAACAGCACCAUCACCGUGGACCCAGUGACUCUAUUGGCAACAACUAUUCCUUGAUGGCCAGAGACAUGAAGCUGAAAGAUCUGCUGAAGGUCUACCAACCAGUCACCAUCAGUGUCCCUAGGGACAAGACCAGUCUGCCAUUAGGUAUUUGUGACACUAAGAUCUCAUCAGAGCCCACUAAGAAGAAAAUGAAGUUAUCCUUCAAAGUCAAAGAGGAUCCCACUGGGGCUUUCCCGCCCUGCAGAGCCUUAACCUCCUCACCCAUGAAGAACGAUGUGGACACAUGUUUGACCUUCCCAGGAAGCAGGCCAAUGAGUCCAGAACAGCAGAUGGAUGUGAUGCAGCAGCAGGAGAUGGAAAUAGAGAGUAAAGAGAAAAAGCCAACUGAAUUGGACCUGGAGAGAUAUUAUUACUAUUUGACCCAUGGCAUCCGAAGAGACAUGAUUGCUCCUGAGGAGGAUGAAGUGAUGGUUCGAAUUUUAAAGCUGAUUCCUAAGAUGCUGCUGACAACUCCUGCCCUGGAACCCCUGCAAGUUGAGCUGAAGUCCGAGAAAGAAAAUGACUAUUACUGUAGCCUCAUGAAAAGCAUUGUUGAUUACAUCCUCAUGGACCCAAUGGAGAAGCAACGGCUGUUCAUCGAGAGCAUCCCUCGCUUGUUUCCACACAGAGUGAUCCGGGCCCCUGUGCCUUGGCACAACAUCUACCAGAAUGCCAAGAGGUGGAAUGAGGAGCACCUGCACACGGUGAACCCCAUGAUACACAACCUCAAAGAACUGUGGUUUGCAGAAUAUAAAGACCUCAGGUUUGUCCGAACUGCAGACUUACUGGAGGGAAAGCUUCCCCUGCUGCCUGAUGAGUACCAGGAUGUGAUCCAGAGUCACUGCAUGGAAGCACGUCAAAUUCUCCUCAACAAGUGGAUCCCCACCUGUGCUCAGCUUUUCAUCUCACAGAAGGAACACUGGGUCCACUUUGCUCCCAAGAAUGACUAUGACUCCUCUCGAAACAUUGAGGAAUAUUUUGCUUCUGUUGCCUCCUUUAUGUCACUCCAGCUCAGAGAGCUUGUCAUCAGAUCCCUCGAGGACCUUGUUGCCUUCUUCAUGAUACACAAGGAUGGAAAUGAUUUUAAAGAGCCCUACCAAGAGAUGCAGUUCUUCAUUCCGCAGUUAAUCACGAUCAAACUUGAAGUUCGUGAACCCAGUAUUGUCUUCAACCCAACUUUUGAUGACUGCUGGAAACUAAUAAACGAUUCCUUCUUGGAAAUUAUUAAGCAUUCUGAUGGGAUUCCCAAGGUGGAAUCUAUCUUGUUUCCAGAGUUGAAAGGAUAUAACUUGAUUCUUGGAACUGUCGAUGCUAAGGAAAACCUUGUUUCUGACUUCGUGGAUCAGGCUUUUGAAGUAUUUAAGAAAAAUCAAGUCGGCCCUCACAAAUACUUAAAUGUAUACAAAAAAUAUGAUGACUUACUGGAUAACACAGCAGAGCAAGGCAUCACUGCAUUCCUGAAAGAAAAUCAUGAAAUUGAGGACUUCGUGAAGAAAAUCAAUAGCAUAAAAAAAAGGAGAAAUGAAAUUGCAUCCAUGCACAUUACUGUGCCUUUGGCCAUGUUCUGCCUUGAUGCCAUGACCCUCAAUUAUGAUCUCUGUGAGCGAGCCCAGAAUCUUAAAGACCGUCUCAUUCAGUAUCAAGUGGAUGUAAACCGGGAAACCAAUACUAGCAUUUGUAAUCAGUACAGCAUCAUCUCAGACAAAGUCAGUGAGAUUCCUGCCAACACCACAGAGCUGGUAUUCCUCAUCAAAUUCUUAAAGCAAUCCAGUGACGUCACUGUGUUCAAACUCAGAAGGCAACUUAGAGAUGCAAGUGAGCGACUAGAGUUCCUGAUGGAUUAUGCAGACUUGCCCCAAGAAGACAUUAAACUGAACAGCAUCUUGUUCCUGUGGCCAGAGCAGAUAGAAGAUGUCUUUGAAAACAGCCGAAACCUGCUCCUUAAUAAGAGGGAUCAGGCAGAGAUGGACCUAAUUAAAAGGUGCUCAGAAUUUGAAUUGCGGCUUGAAGGCUAUGGCAAAGAACUGGAAGGUUUUAGGAAGCGUGAAGUGAUGGGUACAGAAGAAGUGAAAAACAACGUGGAAAAGCUUAAUGAGCUUUCUAAGAACCUGGAUCUGGCACUGGUGGAAUUUGAGUUGAUCAAUAAGGAAGAAGAGCUGUUGGAAAAGGAUAAGAGUUCCUUUCCUCUUCUUCAAACCUUGAUGACCAACAAAGUGCCUUAUGAGCAGCUGUGGAUGACAGCCUACGAGUUCAGCACCAAAUCGGAGGAGUGGAUGAACGGCCCCCUCUUUUUACUGAAUGCUGAGGAAAUUGCAGAGCACAUAGGGAAUAUGUGGAGGACGACGUACAAGUUGACCAAGACCUUGGCUGAGGUGCCUGGACCUAGGCGUUUAGCAGAGAACAUCAAGUUGAGGAUUGAGAAGUUCAAGCAGCACAUACCUGUCCUCAACAUUUCCUGCAACCGGGGGAUGAAGGACCGGCACUGGCAACAGAUCAGUGAGAUUAUUGGCUAUGAAAUAAAGCCCACAGAGACAACUUGCCUUGCGAACAUGCUGGAAUUUGGAUUUGGCAAAUUUGUUGAAAAGUUGGAGCCCAUUAGUGCAGCUGCCACUAAGGAAUAUUCCCUGGAGAAAAACUUGGAGAAGAUGAAGUUAGACUGGGUCAACAUGAAUUUCAACUUCAUUAAAUACAGAGACACUGAUACUAUUAUCUUGUGUGCAAGUGAUGACAUUCAACUGCUACUUGAUGAUCAUGUGAUUAAGACCCAGACCAUGUGUGGCUCUGCAUUCAUCAAGCCCAUAGAAGCAGAAUGCCGGAAAUGGGAAGAAAAGCUAGUUCGGGUACAGGAAAAUUUGGAUGCCUGGUUGAAAUGCCAAGCCACUUGGCUAUACCUGGAACCGAUUUUCAGCUCAGAGGACAUCAUAGCCCAGAUGCCAGAAGAGGGCAAAAAAUUUUCCACUGUCGAUGGUUAUCGGAAAUCACUCAUGUCUCAGGCGGUGAAAGAUACCAGGGUUCUGGUGGCAGCAGACCAGCCACAGAUGACCGAGAAGCUUCAGGAAGCCAAUCGUCUGUUGGAGGCCAUCCAGAGGGGGCUGAAUGAUUACCUGGAGAAGAAGAGGCUGUUUUUCCCCAGGUUCUUCUUCCUCUCAAAUGACGAACUGCUGGAGAUCUUGUCAGAGACAAAGGACCCCCUCCGAGUACAGCCACACUUGAAGAAGUGUUUUGAAGGAAUUGCCAAGCUAGAGUUUACAGACAGUCUGGAAAUCAUUGGCAUGAUCAGCUCAGAAAAAGAAAACGUUCCAUUCAUAGAGAAAAUCUACCCAACUAAAGCCAACGGUAUGGUGGAAAAGUGGUUGCAGCAGGUGGAGCAGACGAUGCUAGCCAGCAUGCGGCAAGUUAUUGAACAGGGGAUUGAAAAUUAUGUCCAGGUGCCUCGUAACAGCUGGGUCCUGCAGUGGCCAGGCCAGGUGGUUGUCUGUGUCUCCUCCAUCUACUGGACUAAGGAAGUAUCUGAAGUCCUGGUUGAAAAUGCCCUACCAGAUUUUCUUAAAAAGAGCAAUAACCAGAUUGCGGAGAUUGUGGAGCUGGUUCGAGGGAACCUGAGCAGUGGAGCUCGGCUCACUCUUGGGGCCCUGACUGUCAUCGAUGUCCAUGCCCGGGACGUGGUGGCCAAGUUAGCCAAGGAUGGGAUCUCUGAUCUAAAUGAUUUCCAGUGGAUUUCACAACUGCGAUACUACUGGCAGGAAAAGGAUGUACAUGUGCAGAUGAUAACCACGGAAGUUUUGUAUGGCUAUGAGUACCUGGGCAACUCCCCCCGGCUGGUGAUCACACCCCUCACUGACCGCUGCUACAGGACCCUAAUGGGAGCCUUGAAACUGAACCUUGGAGGUGCUCCAGAGGGUCCAGCUGGAACAGGCAAGACAGAAACCACCAAAGACCUGGCUAAAGCCUUGGCCAAGCAGUGUGUGGUCUUCAACUGCUCUGAUGGUUUGGAUUACAAAGCCAUGGGGAAGUUCUUCAAGGGACUGGCCCAAGCUGGAGCAUGGGCCUGUUUUGAUGAAUUCAACAGGAUUGAGGUGGAAGUAUUGUCAGUGGUAGCCCAACAGAUUCUCAGCAUUCAGCAAGCCGUUAUCCGGAAGAUGAAGACGUUCAACUUUGGAGGCACCGAGCUCUUGCUGAACCCAACCUGUGCUGUCUUCAUCACCAUGAACCCUGGCUAUGCUGGCAGGGCUGAGCUGCCAGAUAACCUCAAGGCCUUAUUCCGGACAGUGGCCAUGAUGGUGCCAGAUUAUGCACUCAUUGGAGAAAUCUCCCUCUACUCUAUGGGGUUUCUGGAUUCCAGGAGCCUUGCCCAGAAGAUUGUCGUGACCUACCGCCUGUGCUCGGAGCAGCUCUCCUCCCAGCAUCACUAUGACUAUGGCAUGAGGGCGGUCAAGUCUGUGCUCACAGCAGCAGGCAACCUGAAACUCAAGUACCCGGAAGAGAAUGAAAGCGUUUUGCUGCUCCGGGCCCUGCUUGAUGUCAACCUGGCCAAGUUCUUGGCUCAAGAUGUCCCCCUGUUUCAGGGAAUUAUCUCAGAUUUGUUUCCUGGAGUUGUUCUUCCAAAGCCAGACUAUGAAGUUUUUCUGGAAGCAAUAAAUGACAACAUCAGAAAGAUGAAACUCCAGCCAGUGCCUUGGUUUAUUGAAAAAAUUAUCCAGAUCUAUGAGAUGAUGCUGGUAAGACAUGGCUACAUGAUUGUCGGAGACCCGAUGGGAGGCAAGACUUCUGCUUAUAAAGUGCUGGCUGCAGCUCUGGGUGAUUUACAUGCAGCCAACCAGAUGGAAGAGUUUGCUGUGGAGUACAAGAUCAUCAACCCCAAAGCCAUCACAAUGGGGCAGCUGUAUGGCUUCUUUGACGCAGUGAGCCAUGAGUGGACAGACGGUGUCCUGGCCAGUGCUUUCCGGGAGCAAGCGUCUUCCUUAUCUGAUGAUCGCAAGUGGAUUAUAUUUGAUGGGCCAGUGGAUGCUGUUUGGAUUGAAAAUAUGAACACUGUUCUGGAUGACAACAAAAAGCUGUGUUUAAUGAGUGGAGAGAUCAUACAGAUGAGCCCCAAGAUGAGCCUGAUCUUUGAGCCAGCGGACCUGGAGCAGGCCUCCCCUGCCACAGUGAGCCGGUGUGGGAUGAUCUACAUGGAGGCCCACCAGCUAGGCUGGAGGCCCUUGAAGGACUCAUACAUGGACACCCUGCCCUCCUGCCUCACCAAUGAGCACAAGGAACUGGUCGAAGACAUGUUCAUGUGGCUGGUCCAGCCCUGUCUGGAUUUUAAUCGCCUUCAGUGCAAGUUUGUGGUUCAAACAUCCCCUAUCCACCUGGCCUUCUCAAUGAUGCGGUUGUACUCCUCUCUGCUUGAUGAAAUCAGGCAAAUGGAAGAGGAAAGCGACAUGUACGAAGGCCUGUCGAGUCAGCAGAUAGUCCUCUGGUUACAAGGAUUGUUCCUCUUCUCCUUGGUGUGGACUGUGGCGGGCACCAUCAAUGGAGAGAGCAGAAAGAAAUUUGAUGUGUUUUUCCGAAACCUCAUCAUGGGUAUGGAUAAUAAACACCCAAGGCCCAAAAGUGUCAAACUUACCAAAAACAACAUCUUUCCAGAAAGAGGAAGCAUCUAUGAUUUUUAUUUCCUCAAACAAGGUGGUGGACAUUGGAAUCCAUGGACAGAAUAUAUCACCAAAGAGGAGGAGAUGAUCCCUGCUUGUGCAAAGGUCUCAGAACUCAUCAUCCCCACCACGGAGACUGCCCGGCAGACCUUCUUCUUAAAAACUUACCUGGACCAUGAGAUCCCAAUGCUGUUUGUGGGUCCCACAGGCACUGGCAAAUCAGCCAUCUCCAACAACUUCCUUCUCCAACUUCCCAAGAAUACCUACCUGCCCAACUUCAUCAAUUUCUCUGCCAGAACUUCAGCCAAUCAGACCCAAGAUAUCAUCAUGUCAAAGCUGGAUCGUCGACGCAAAGGCCUUUUCGGGCCUCCCAUGGGGAAGAAGGCGGUGGUGUUUGUAGAUGACCUCAACAUGCCAGCCAAAGAGGUGUAUGGGGCCCAGCCCCCCAUCGAGCUACUGAGACAAUGGAUUGACCAUGGUUAUUGGUUUGACAAGAAAGACACAAACAAGCUGGACAUAGUAGAUGUGCUGCUUUUGACAGCCAUGGGCCCCCCUGGUGGAGGAAGGAAUGACAUUACUGGAAGGUUCACUCGCCAUCUGAACAUUGUUUCUAUCAAUGCCUUUGAAGAUGAGAUUUUAACCAAGAUUUUCAGUUCUAUCGCUGACUGGCACUUUGGGAAAGGGUUUGAUGUCAUGUUCUUAAGGUAUGGGAAGAUGUUGGUGCAGGCUACUAAGACAAUUUAUAGAGCUGCAGUCGAGAACUUCUUGCCAACUCCCUCCAAAUCACAUUACGUCUUUAACCUGAGGGACUUCUCACGAGUGAUUCAGGGGGUACUGCUCUGCCCUCACACCCACCUGCAGGAUUUGGAAAAAUUUAUCCGGCUUUGGAUUCAUGAGGUUUAUCGGGUCUUUUAUGACCGUCUGAUUGACAAUGAAGACAGACAGAUUUUCUUCAACAUGGUAAAGGAAACUACCUCCAAUUGCUUCAAACAGACCGUGGAGAAGGUGCUCAUCCACUUAUCACCCACUGGGAAGAUAGCUGAUGACAACAUCCGUAGCCUCUUCUUUGGGGAUUUCUUGAAGCCAGAAAGUGACCAAAAAAUCUAUGAUGAGAUCACGGACCUGAAGCACCUCACAGCGGUCAUGGAGUACUACCUGGAAGAGUACAACAACAUCAGCAAGGCCCCCAUGUCUUUGGUCAUGUUCAAGUUCGCCAUUGAGCACAUCUCCAGGAUCUGCAGAGUCCUGAAGCAGAACAAAGGGCACUUGCUCCUGGUGGGCAUUGGGGGCAGUGGGCGGCAGAGUACCACCAAACUGUCCACAUUCAUCAACUCAUAUGAGCUAUACCAGAUUGAGAUCACCAAGAAGUAUACAGGCAAUGACUGGAGGGAGGACCUGAAGAAGAUAAUGCUGCAGGCUGGCGUAGCCACCAAGAGCACUGUGUUCCUCUUCUCUGAUAACCAGAUUAAGGACGAGUCAUUUGUGGAAGACAUCAACAUGCUGCUGAACAUGGGCGAUGUGCCCAAUAUCUUCCCAGCUGAUGAGAAGGCUGAGCUCGUGGAAAAGAUGCAAACAGCAGCCAGGACGGAAGGCGAGAAGAUCGAAGUCACCCCGCUUUCCAUGUACAACUUCUUUAUUGAGAGAGUGAGAAAGAACCUUCACGUUGUGCUUGCCAUGAGUCCAAUCGGGGAUGCCUUCAGAAACCGGCUGCGGAUGUUCCCUUCGCUAAUCAAUUGUUGUACGAUUGACUGGUUCCAGUCCUGGCCCACAGAUGCCCUAGAAUUAGUAGCCAACAAAUUUCUGGAGGAUGUGGAACUUGAUGACAACAUUCGGGCAGAGGUUGUCUCCAUGUGCAAAUACUUUCAGGAGAGUGUGAAGAAGCUGUCACUCGAUUACUACAACACACUUCUCAGACAUAACUAUGUGACCCCCACCUCCUAUCUGGAAUUGAUCCUAACCUUCAAGACGCUCCUGAAUAGCAAAAGGCAGGAGGUGGACAUGAUGAGAAACCGCUACUUGGCAGGCUUGCAGAAACUGGAUUUCGCCUCUUCCCAAGUGUCCGUCAUGCAGAAAGAACUGACUGCCCUUCAACCUCAACUCAUCCUCACCUCCAAGGAGACAGCUAAGAUGAUGGUAAAAAUUAAAGAGGAAACAAUGGAAGCAGAUGCCAAGAAACUGCUCGUCCAGGCAGAUGAAAAGGAAGCCAACACUGCUGCCGCCAUCUCCCAAGCAAUCAAGAAUGAAUGUGAGGGGGACCUGGCUGAGGCCAUGCCAGCACUUGAGGCUGCGCUUGCCGCUCUGGACACCCUGAACCCAACCGACAUCACCCUUGUGAAGUCCAUGCAGAACCCACCAGGCCCCGUCAAGCUGGUGAUGGAGAGCAUUUGUGUCAUGAAGGGGCUGAAGCCAGAGAGGAAGCCAGACCCCAGUGGCUCUGGGAAGAUGAUAGAAGAUUACUGGGGAUUGUCAAGAAAGAUCCUUGGAGAUCUGAAGUUCUUGGAGAGUCUUAAGACAUAUGACAAAGACAACAUCCCCCCAGUGAUCAUGAAACAAAUCCGGGAAAGGUUCAUUGAUCACCCCAAUUUUCAGCCUGCUGUCAUUAAAAACGUGUCAUCUGCUUGUGAAGGCCUGUGCAAGUGGGUGAGGGCCGUGGAGGUGUAUGAUCGUGUGGCCAAGGUGGUGGCUCCCAAACGGGAGCGACUGAAGGAGGCUGAAGGGAAGCUGGAGAUACAGAUGCAGAAGCUGAACCAGAAACGGGCAGAGCUAAAACUGGUGGAAGACCGGCUCCGGGCUCUCAGUAAUGACUUUGAAGAGAUGAACAUGAAGAAAAAGAUGCUGGAGGAAAAUAUUGAGAUCUGCUCACAGAAGCUAAUCAGAGCAGAGAAGCUAAUUAGUGGUCUUGGGGGAGAGAAGGACAGAUGGACAGAAGCUGCCCGGCAGCUGGGGGUCCGCUAUGUUAACCUGACAGGGGACGUGUUGGUGUCCUCGGGGACUGUGGCUUACCUGGGCGCCUUCACAGUAGAUUAUCGGGCCCAAUGUCAAAAUGAGUGGUUACAGUGCUGUAAGGACAAAGUCAUUCCUGGCUCCACCGACUUCAGUCUCAGCCACACAUUAGGGGAUCCCAUAAAAAUCCGUGCCUGGCAGAUAGCCGGGCUUCCUGUUGACUCUUUCUCUAUUGACAAUGGCAUCAUUGUGUCCAAUUCCAGACGUUGGCCCUUGAUGAUUGACCCUCAAGGGCAGGCCAAUAAGUGGGUGAAGAACAUGGAAAAAACAAACAAACUGUCCAUCAUCAAGUUUUCUGAUACCAACUAUGUGAGGACACUGGAAAACGCCCUGCAGUUUGGCACCCCAGUCUUACUGGAAAACGUUGGAGAAGAGCUAGAUGCCUUUAUUGAACCCAUCUUGCUCCAGGCAACAUUCAAACAGCAAGGGAUUGAAUACAUGAGGUUGGGUGAAAAUAUCAUCGAAUAUUCAAGGGAUUUUAAGUUCUAUAUCACCACGCGUCUGAGAAAUCCACAUUAUCUCCCUGAAGUUGCUGUGAAAGUCUGUCUCCUCAACUUCAUGAUCACACCCUUGGGUCUCCAAGAUCAACUCCUCGGUAUUGUGGCUGCCAAGGAGAAGCCAGAACUGGAAGAGAAAAAGAACCAGUUGAUUUUAGAAAGUGCCCAGAAUAAGAAGCAGUUAAAGGAAAUUGAAGAUAAGAUCCUAGAGGUCCUCUCCCUGUCUGAGGGCAACAUCUUGGAGGAUGAAACUGCCAUCAAAGUUUUGUCCUCUUCCAAAAUGCUAUCUGAGGAAAUCUCUGAGAAGCAGAAAAUAGCUUCUGUGACAGAAACACAGAUCGAUGAGACCCGAAUGGGCUACAGGCCAGUAGCAAUCCACUCUGCCACCAUCUUCUUCUGCAUCUCCGACCUGGCCCACAUUGAGCCCAUGUACCAAUAUUCCCUGACAUGGUUCAUCAACCUCUACGUGCAGUCCCUGGCCAACAGCAGCAAGAGUGAAGAGCUAGAUCUGCGCAUUGAGUACAUCAUCGAACAUUUCACCCUGAGCAUCUACAACAACGUGUGCCGCUCUCUAUUUGAGAAAGACAAGCUGCUCUUCUCCCUCCUCCUGACCAUCAGCAUCUUGAAAGAGAAAAAGAAAAUCAAUGAGGAAAUUUGGUACUUUCUUCUAACGGGAGGUAUGGCCCUGGAAAACCCCUUCCCCAAUCCUGCUUCUGAAUGGUUGUCUGAGAAGUCAUGGGGUGAGGUUGUUCGAGCAUCCUCCUUACCGAGAAUGAAAGGUCUAAUGGAACAUGUGGAGCAAAACGUCAAUGACUGGAAGAAAAUCUAUGACUCAGUCUGUCCCCAUGAGGAGAUAUUCCCUUCACCUUGGAAGUUCCUUCAAGGACUGGAGAAGAUGGUAAUCCUACGAUGCUUGAGGCCUGACAAGAUGAUCCCAGCCAUUCGAGAGUUCAUUUCUGAAAACAUGGGAAAGACAUUCAUCGAAGCCCCCACCUUUGAUCUCCAGGGAUCCUACAAUGAUUCCAGUUGUUGCACACCACUGAUUUUUGUACUGUCUCCAGGCGCGGACCCAAUGGCAGGUCUGCUGAAGUUUGCAGAUGACCUUGGCAUGGGAGGUACCAAAACACAGAUCAUUUCCCUUGGCCAAGGCCAAGGCCCUAUUGCUGCCAAAAUGAUCAACAGUGCCAUCCAAGAGGGGACCUGGGUGGUCCUACAGAACUGCCACCUGGCUACAAGCUGGAUGCCCACGCUGGAGAAGAUCUGUGAGGAGGUGAUUGUUCCUAAGAAAACCAACAUAAGGUUCAGACUCUGGCUAACCAGCUAUCCAUCAGAGAAGUUUCCAGUCAGCAUUCUCCAGAAUGGAAUCAAAAUGACUAAUGAGCCCCCCAAAGGGCUCCGGGCCAACCUUUUGCGUUCCUACCUCAAUGAUCCCAUCUCUGACCCGUUGUUCUUCCAAAGUUGUACAAAGCCAGUUAUGUGGCAAAAGCUGUUGUUUGGCCUUUGCUUCUUCCAUGCCAUCGUUCAAGAGAGGAAGAACUUUGGACCCCUAGGUUGGAACAUUCCUUAUGAAUUCAAUGAAUCUGACCUAAGGAUUAGCACACAGCAGAUCCAGAUGUUUCUCAAUGAAUACAAGGAGGUGCCCUUUGAAGCUCUGACCUACCUGACAGGGGAAUGUAAUUAUGGAGGAAGAGUGACUGAUGACAAAGAUAGGCGUCUCCUGCUGUCCCUUCUGUCCACAUUCUACUGUAAGGAAAUUGAGAAUGAUCAUUACUACAUUGCUCCUGGACAGACUUACUACAUCCCUCCCCAUGGCCCCUACCAGACCUACAUCGACUAUCUCAGGACCCUCCCUAUCACAGCGCACCCAGAGGUAUUUGGCCUCCACGAGAAUGCUGACAUCACCAAAGACAACCAGGAAACCAAUCAACUCUUCCAAGGGGUGCUGCUGACCCUCCCGAGACAGUCGGGAGGGAGUGGCAAGUCCCCUCAGGAAGUGGUUGAGGAAUUGGCCCAGGACAUACUCUCUAAGCUUCCCAAGGAUUUCAACCUGGAAGACGUGGUGAAGUUGUACCCCGUGGUCUACAAUGAAUCUAUGAACACCGUCCUAAGGCAGGAGCUCAUCAGGUUCAACAGGCUGACCAAAGUGGUUCGCAGAAGUCUUAUCGAUCUUGGCCGAGCCAUCAAAGGGCAGGUCUUGAUGUCCUCAGAGCUGGAGGAAGUCUUCAAUAGCAUGCUUGUGGGUAAAGUGCCAGCUAUGUGGGCAGCCAAGUCCUACCCAUCACUGAAGCCCCUAGGGGGCUAUGUGGCUGACCUAUUGGCCCGAUUGAUCUUCUUCCAGGAAUGGAUCGACAAGGGGUCCCCUGUAGUGUUUUGGAUCUCUGGAUUCUACUUCACACAGUCUUUUUUGACUGGCAUCUUUCAGAAUUAUGCCAGGAAAUAUACCAUCCCUAUCGACUACAUCGGAUUUGAAUUUGAGGUAACCACACAAGAAACGACCAUGGAGAAUAGCCCAGAAGAUGGGGCCUACAUCAAAGGACUUUUCCUCGAAGGUGCCCGCUGGGACAGGAAAGCAAUGCAGAUUGGAGAGUCUCUCCCCAAAAUCCUCUAUGACCCAUUGCCCAUCAUUUGGCUGAAACCUGGGGAAAGCGCAUCGUUCCUGCAUCACAACAUUUAUGUGUGUCCAGUGUAUAAAACAAGUGCCCGAAGAGGUACCCUCUCUACCACAGGCCACUCGACUAACUAUGUGCUCUCCAUUGAGCUCCCGACAGACAUGCCCGAGAAGCACUGGAUAAACAGAGGGGUGGCCUCACUGUGCCAGCUGGAUAACUGAUGAUAGGGGUCUCAAAGCAAAGAGUAAAUGACAUUUCAUUCUUCACUAGAACCUAGCUUUCUUUUCUUGAGCAUCAUAUAGUGUGGUGGUGAUGAUGAUGAUGAUGAUGAUGAUGAUGAUGAAAUACCAAUGGAGCAAUUGUUAUUAGCCAGAUAUUUCACAGCAGUCCUAUAAAGUAGGUCAUUAUUAUUACUUAUUAUUAUUCUCAUUUUAUGGAUGUAGAAACCCUGAUACAGAAAAGGUU